GCCGGGCUGAUGUGGUUGCUAAUGAUGCAGGUGACAGAGUUACUCCAGCUGUUGUGGCUUACUCAGAAAAUGAAGAGGUUGUUGGAUUGGCAGCCAAACAAAGUAGAAUAAGAAAUAUUUCAAAUACAGUAAUGAAAGUAAAACAGAUUCUUGGCAGAAGCCAGAAAUGCGGUCCUUGGACCCGGCUUCUCAGCAAUUAGCCUUGAGAGGGAAGAAUCGGCUGGCUCCUGGAAACACACUGAGAGUACAGAGCUUCCCCACACCAUCAGAUUUGCACCUUGCUGCCGAGGAACUUCCUUCAGCUAGCCUUCCUUCCCAGUCCACUAUGGCCAGUUCUAAUAGUAGUGCAGGCAUCCGGUGGUCCCGGCAGGAGACAAGAACUCUUCUCUCCAUACUAGGCGAGGCAGAGUAUAUUCAGCGCCUCCAGACUGUGCAUCACAAUGCAGAUGUCUAUCAGGCUGUGUCUAAGCGAAUGCAGCAGGAAGGCUUUCGCCGCACCGAACGUCAGUGCCGCUCCAAAUUUAAAGUUCUGAAGGCAUUAUAUUUAAAGGCAUAUGUUGCCCAUGCCACCAGUAUGGGUGAUCCACCACACUGCCCAUUUUAUGAUACAUUGGAUCAGCUUCUCCGAAAUCAGAUAGUGACUGACCCAGACAACUUAAUGGAGGAUGCUGCUUGGGCCAAGAACUGUGAUCAGAACUUAGUGGCCUCUGACACCCCAAGGGAAGAGGGAACAAGCAUUCUGAGAGCAAAAAGGACUCAUGCUGCAGAUCAUCAGCCUAUCUUGAAAACAGUUAAGGAAUCAGAUGAGGAUUGUCAACUGAGAAUCAGUGACCUGAUGCAAGAAACCAGUGACCUUGAGGACUCCUGGGAUGAAUCCUUGGGUGCAGGGUGCUCUCAAGGGACCCCCAGCUACAGCAGUUCCCACCACCUUUUCAGAGGUGCAGUUGCUCCCUGUCAGAGCAGCCCCAUGACCAGAAUGGGUGUGUCCAGCGAGCCCAGUCCCUGCGCCAGCUCCAGCCAGGACACUCCUGGGAGGGCCUGCACACGGCGACCUCCAGUCUCCUCCAGAGUCCCUUUUCUUUCUGGUGGGGAUAGGCCUUUGACCAGUGAGCCCCCUCCAAGGUGGGCAAGGCGAAGAAGGCGAUCAGUGGCCAGGACAAUUGCAGCUGAGUUGGCAGAAAACAGGAGAUUGGCACGAGAACUUUCAAAGCGUGAGGAAGAAAAAUUGGACAGGCUGAUCGCCAUUGGCGAAGAGACCAGUGCUCAGCAGGAUGCUGCCAACGAGCUCCGCAGGGAUGCUGUGGUCGCAGUCAGACGCUUGGCAACAGCAGUGGAGGAGGCAACUGGUGCUUUUCAGCUAGGGCUUGAAAAAUUGCUCCAGAGGCUAAUCUCAAAUACCAAAAGUUAGGAACUGGUUACACAAGGGUGUAUUUCCUAAACUACUAGAUGCCCGGUUCAGCACCUGCCUUCUGCUUCCUUGUCCAUGUCCUCAGAAAAAGAAGAGUGGAUGAACCAUUAAUGUGCAGAAUAGUAGGAACAUACAUGCUAGUUAUUUUUCCCAAACUUCUCUGCUAAUUGAAAGACCUUUCAGAUGUGUGUGAGAGGUGGCCUAGUAGAAAACUGAUGGAGCCAGGUCCAGAGAACAAGUUAGCUGGGGCUUUGUCACUGAUGUGAGGCAGUUUAGUUUACCUCAUAUACCAGUUUCCUCAUCUGUAAAAUGGGGGCUACGUAAUAAUUCCUGACCUGCCUACCUCACAGGGUUGUUGUGAGGAUCAGAUGGCCAAUAGAUGUGAAAGGGUUUAAACGUUUAAAAGCACUAUAUAUGUGUAAGUUAUUAAUGUAUAUAACCUUGGCCAAAGUAAGGCAAGGGUGAGGCGCAUUAGUUGACAGGAUGUAGAAUUAUGGUUGUGUACUGUGACCUCAUUGCUUGAGUCAUUACUAGUUAAACUUGACUGCUUCCCAGAGUUAAAGAUCUUCGUUUUUUAAAAUCCUUCUUAACUCAUUAGACUAAUAGACACAACGUGUAUUUGUACCUGUAUUUCAUAUUUUCACUGCUGUGUCUGUGACACUUACUAGUAAGCACUCAGUAGUUCAACCAUCUUUCCCACCAUUUUACUGGUUGUUAUUCUCAUCACAGUAAGGAUAUAUUCAGAACUGACAGGGAGUCACAAUUGUAUGUUAUGCUUUAUAUUGAUUAUCUUUGAUAGAAUUGGCUCUUUUAUAAAAUAUUAAGUGUAAGUAAAUACUUUGCAUUCCAUAUUAUUUGGGUCCCUUUAUAUACAUAACUAUAUAUCUUUAAGUUUGGGUUACCAUUGAACAUCAUGGAAACAAUUUGGAUUAUAUCAAUUUCCCAAAUGCUUUUAGCUAAUUUCAUUCUUUUCUGUUAGUCUUUUUCUGUCUAGUAUGUUACAGAAGGCAAGCCCUAGAAAGUUGUCUUCUAAAGAACUUUCCAAAGUCACUUUUUCUCAUUUGGUGUAGACAAAAGUUCACCUAGUUAAUGGCAAUAUGGUGGAAGAGAGCAGCUUUGGGAGCAAUUGAGGGUGAUGGGGAUAAACACUGCCGGCAUUAGAUAACUCCUUCUAAGCAUAGGCCCUCAACAGAAAAGCCCUCUUCCCACCCCCAAAAUACACACACACACACACUUCCUUUGGGGGAUCUCAAGGUGUUGAGCCCUAUUUCCAAUUUACUGUAGAAGGGGAGCCAUUAUUGGCCAUCAUUAAGUUAACUUAAAGCUUUUAGUGGUUUACUUAGUACUUUCAGGAAAUAAAAACAGAAGAUACGAACUUAAAAAGCUGUCCUCCAAUCUACAGGCUAAAAAAAAAUGGACAUAUUGGGAGUGGUUUAGUUUUAUAUUUUGUAGGCUUCGUUGCUUAUCUAAAUGGUGGAGUACACAUAGGUGAAGAAAUGGUCAAAACAAGUGAGAACAUACUUGGAACCAGGAACAGAUAGCAAGCAAGCAAGCUGCUCUGAUGAAUGGGUGAUAUAUGUAGGAGACAGCUGGUGUAGAAUACACUGGAAUCUAGUUAGAAUGCUUGGUUUCUAACCCUGUCAGUUUGUUACAUUGGGCAAAUCUCCUGCCCUUUUGUGCCUCAGUUUCUCUCUAAAAUGAGCGAUAUGUAUUAGAUGAGUUUUCUAGUACCUUCCAGUUUUAAAAAAAUUCUAUAGAAGUGACAUAACAAAAAAUGAAGUUUUACUUGUAACAUUUUCAGUUAUAGCAGCAUAUUAAUGUAUGUUUGAGAUACUGGUAACAAUUGUAUUUUAAGGAAGCAUUUUAUGGUGUUAAUAUUCAUUAGUGUAUCUUGAACUUCUGUAAGCACGCCAGACAUAGAUUCCUUGCUUUAAAGGAUCAUAUAUUAAGACAUUGCAAUGGAUAUAUAUGUAUGUGGAUAUAUAUGUAGUAUAUGUAUAUCACGUGCAUUUUCUCCAUUGUUUUUGGCCAUUAUAUGGAAGAAUUUGUGUUAUAAACAGAUAACACUAAUGUACAUAGGUAGACUUUCUGGGAAAACAGGAAAGUACUUGAAGGAGAGUUAGGCCUGUACUGUAUUAAUCUAUAAAUGGUAG